AUGGACUUUAUAAAGAACUUGAAAGAUAUCUCGCAAUCACUCGUAAAUGCGCCAAUAACGGGACCUGGGGAGAAUGAGGACAGAUCCAGUCACUCACUAUCCCAGAAUCAUGCACCAAGUUCCGUUAAGAGCGGCAGCCGUGGCGACAAAGGCGAGAAUGAUGUUGCUGAUAGUGCAUCACCCAAUAAAACUAGAAGGAAGAAAUACGCUCCUGAACUUCUUGUGAUUGUCAGACCACCUCCACACAUAUCCAACAACCCAAUGAACCUCCAAAUACAGCUCGUUACUCCAAAGUCUAAUCGACAGUCAACUGCAUCCGAUGGCGAUCUAUCUAGAUCAUCUUCCAUACACUCGGACCAUUCCCUUGGUCAGGUCUCAAAUCUAAGCCUUCACAGCACAACCUCACAGAUAACUUCCGGUGGCAGAAAAUUAAUCCCAUUGUACAAUCUACAAUACCACAACGUUCUCACUACUGCCAUCACUGAUGCAGGCACUGACGCCCGUAUCGCUAGGUUCACUAAACGCGGUCUCGAUAUUCAAAAUCUCAUUAAUUUGGAAACUGAGGGCGUCCUUGAUGACACUUUGUCUACUACUUCUACCAAAAAGUUCUCCCUCGAUAACUUGUUCAAGUUAACUAAAGACAAGGGUAGCGCUUUGGAUAAAACUCCGAAUCAAGAGGAGUACACAUGGAAUGUCAAACGCGUCAUGAAAGGCAAUGAUGAAAUCAUAGAGGAUGAUGCCCUACGGUUUUUGUGGCAGAAAAAGACCGACAGUACCCCAACUUCCGGUGACAAUUCGAGAAGAUCAUCCAUUAGUCAUUCUCAGUCAUCGAGACCAAAUUCAAAGCCUAAUUCGAAACCUAAUUCAACAAUUGACACCGAUAUAGAUAGAGAGGACGAUGAGACGCCGUGGAAAUUCUACGCGCUGUCCAAACACUUUGAGAGGGUUCAUUUAGGUACUAUCCACCCGGCACCUCAUCAUCCAAGGAUAGUGGGACAGCUAAAAGUACCAUUUCCGCUCCCAAGUGUACAAUUACCAAAUACCAACAUCAACCUGUCUCCAGAAGACCUCAAAGAUAUCCUUUCAUGUACUGGUUUGUGGCUUGUCAUCAAAGAAGAGUUUGGCGGUCUUGAUAAGCGUAGAAAAGGCGAUGGGUGGAGAAUAACGUAA